UUAUCGAUCAGGCAGAUGAAAAAGCCGGGUGCACUGUAGACUUCAACUUUGAGCAGCAGCGCUUCAUGUUGAAACACAGGUGAAGUCUUCACAGCUAGCUAGCAGCGCGCAGCUCUCUGGAGCCAAACAAAGAACCACACGGAGCCAAACAAAGAAUUACGCACGGCGAGCUGUGCGUAAGAAGCCAUGGCAAUUAAUAAAGCCAAGGUCGCUUUUGGGUUCAUAGUCGCAGGUGUGCUGACGGUGUUUUUCGGGACUGUUCUUGCUUUCGUGGGACCGAUAAUCAUCGACGACCAGGUGGUGAAGAACACAGUGAUCGACCCAGACAAUGACCUCUCCUUCACCAUGUGGAAAGACGUCCCUGUGCCCUUCUUCAUGUCUGUCUACUUCUUCAACAUCCUCAACCCUCAGGAGAUACUGGCGGGAGAAAAGCCCAUGGUGGAGCAGAGAGGACCUUACGUGUACAGAAAACACAUCCAGAAAGACAACAUCACAUUUCAUCCCAACAACACGGUGUCCUACAAGGAAUACAGACAGUACUUCUUUGAGCCGUCCAUGUCUGUAGGGAACGAGUCUGACGUUGUCACGCUUCCAAACAUGUUGGUGCUGGGUGCAGCGGUCAUGCUGGAAAAUCUGCCGUUUGCGGUGCGUUUAAUGAUCAGCGCCACCUUCAAGACUUUCAACGAGGGGCCCUUCCUGACCAAGACCAUAGGCGAGCUGAUGUGGGGCUAUGACAGUUUACUGGUGGAGUUCCUGAAUCGGUACCUGCCCGGCAUGCUGCCCUCAACGGGGAAGUUUGGCCUCUUUGCUGACUUCAACAACUCAAACACCGGCCUGUUCACCAUCUUCACUGGAAAAGACGACAUCAGGAACGUCCACAAGGUCGACUCCUGGAACGGCCUGACGCAGCUGAGCUACUGGCAGACGCCUCAGUGCAACAUGAUCAAUGGAACAGCUGGACAGAUGUGGCCUCCCUUCAUGACCAAAGAGAGCACUUUACCUUUCUACAGCCCUGACGCCUGCAGAUCAUUGGAGCUCGUUUACCAGCGUCCUGGCGAGUUUAAUGGCGUCCCCCUGUAUCGAUUUAUUGCACCCAAGACGAUGUUCGCUAAUGGGACCGAUUACGCUCCCAAUGAAGGUUUCUGCCCCUGCAGACAGUCCGGCCUGCUGAAUGUCAGCAGCUGCCGCCACAAGUCUCCGUGCUUCAUCUCUCAUCCUCACUUCUAUAACGCCGAUCCCGUGCUGCUGGACUACGUGCAGGGCCUUCAUCCAACUGAGGAGGAGCAUGGCCUCUUCAUAGACAUUCACCCGCUAACGGGCAUCCCUCUGAAUGUGGCCAUCCGUCUGCAGCUCAACCUCUACAUGAAGAGAGUGUCAGGAAUUACAGAAACUGGCAAGAUUGCUGAGGUGGUGAUGCCGAUGCUCUGGUUUGAGGAGAGCGGAUAUAUCGACGGGCCCAUCCUCUCUACGUUCCACACGAACCUGGUCGUCCUGCCUGCCGUGAUGGAGUACAUGCAGUACGGCUUCAUCGGCCUCGGCCUGGCGAUGAUAAUAAUCGCUGCCCUGGUGCAUUACAAAGUGAAGCGGUCUCAAACAAACACGACAAUAACUUCCACUGUGACGAACUCUGGGGAAUCCGGUAAAGAGCCGGUAAAAGGUUCACAUGACCAUGAAACAAAGGAGAAAUAUGUCAUGAGUAAUUCAGACGAUUAAAGGCGACACACCAGAGGGACACACGAGCACUUCAACCGGAGAGAAAGACCCUCUACUACAAGAUGACGAGGACUGAUGAGACACACACACACAGCUGGUGUUGUGUGGACUCUGACGACCGACAUCAUUUGAAAACCUGUCACACGGUGCUCAGUAUAUUUUAAAACUCGCACAAAAGAUAAGCUUUGCUGUAUUUUACUGUACGGUUUAUGAAACACUCAGCCGGAGACCCGUGUUCACUUUAUUUAGUGCUUGUGUUCAGGCUGCUGGGGUUGAGACUGUGUUGUCUCUUCAGGCAGAGCGAGUCGAGAUGUUCUGUCACUGAAAACCACUUUUUUGUAUUUAAAAAAAAUUAACUGACCACAAACACCAUUUCCAGUUUUUAACGUGUUAAUUUUUCUGCCAGGUGUUUGAGAAUCAUCAGUGUUGAGACGAAACAUUUUCUAGUUUUUCAUCAGGAGUCGUACACGGUUAUUGCGGUGGCUGUGAUUUUUAAAGAAAUGUUUCUGUAAUAAUAAACAAGGGAACUCGCAGGAAGCGGUGUCUCUACUGAGCGCCAACGUGCCUUUAUUAAGAGGGGAGACAUUUCUUUAUCAACUAACCUUCGGGUCCUUCGUGAGAGUUGAGACUUCAAGCAGAGUAUCGAACAGUCAUCUGACGAUUCUUUCUAAAGGUGUGAAUGUAGUUCUUGAAUCGAAUGUGUAACACUGUCUAAAGGAAUGAAUGUUCAGUAUUUCAGUCAGCCCUUUGGUGUCAAAUGCUUAUGUUAUGAGAACUUGGAGGUAAUAAUAAAUAUAUUUGAAAUUACAAUAA